CCUGUCUCGAAAGGGUAUUCAGUAAACCUGGUCAGGGUUGUGAAGGAGCUUCGGCGCCUGAGCUUUUUAGAGCUUUUCGCACAUCCUUUUUGGGGGUUGUUUCGGUGGUUUUUUGUAAGCCCACAAAAGAGCCAUCCCUUUCGUGGCCGCAGGACUGUUUUCCUGUUGUACCACAAGCGAAUCUGUCUUGGCCCAAAUUGCAGCUAAAACACAAAAAGGAUAUCAGCCUGAGUUCAGUUAACGAGUCGCAGUGCGAAAAUGUGUACAAAUACUGCAAUGCAUCCGCAGUGAGUUGUCUGCAGGACUUCGGGUGGAUAUAUUCAGUGCGAAAAUCGACAGCAGGUGCUCCGCCCUAUUUUUUUUUUUUUGUAAAGCAAGAUAGGAAGGUAUAAGCAUGCCCGAAUCAGUGCAGGAAUGUGGGCACGUUUUGUGGCAGUGAAGAGAACUUAAUUGGGAAACAGGAUACCUUGCCAGGAUACCAACUCCUGCGGCUGAUAAGCCAGAAAUCCUUGAGGAGCCGCCAAAAUGAGGGUCGCAGCGGAUAUGGUUUAUGACUACGGCAGCGAGGACUCCAUGGGCACCACCCACCUGGAUUGGCCCUUCCUCAUCAAGGGCAUCCUGGAGGGCCAGACGUGCACGCCCAAUGCCCCGGAACCACUGGCCGCCAUUCUCUGGGCCAUUUUCGCCGUGUUCGGGAUUGUUUAUGCCCUGCUAGGAUAUCGCUGCCUGCGGGCAGUGGGAUUCCUCAGCGGAUUGAUGGUGGGAGCGAACGGGAUCUUCAUCCUGCAGGACUUUCAGAUCACCUUCCUCGGCAAGCCAGCGGAUUCGGCAUUGGCCAUUGUGGCGGGACUGCUGGGCGCAGUCCUUGGCUCCACAUAUCCUGUCGCCUCUGUCCUAAUCAGCGCCUUCGCAGGAGCCUUGCUCUCGGGAGCUGCAAUGGCCGUAUGUGUGGCCACAUUUCCGGACAACGAGUUUGGGUACCGUGAAAUAUAUGUAGCCGUCGUCGGGGGAGCCGUCAUCUGUUCAGUGCUCACCUUGUGCUGUGUGAAAUACGUAACCAUACUCACUUCCAGCAUCGUGGGCACGGCCAUGAUCCUCAGCGCCAUCGACUUCUUCAUGCACGGACUGGAGACCAUUAACUGGAUUAUCGGCAUGCGGCCGCAUCCAACGCCGCCGCCUUGUUACGGCGGACUCCUGAUCGCCGCCUGGCCCGUCACCAUUGUCCUCAGCAUCAUGGUGCAGUGCUUCAUCACCGCCUGGCGUGUGGACCAUCGCAAGCGGGUCUACAUGCGGCACCACAAUCACCCGGGCCACGCCCACGGCGCCCACCUGCCGCACAGCCAACAGCAGGCGGCCCAGGGCCACGCCCUCGCGCCCGUGCGAAGAUCGCAGUCGCGCACGCGCGAAACUCGCGAGGAAGCCAGACAGCGCAAGUUCCGGUAUCUCUACCAGGUGCGCACCGCUCGCGGGGACAUCAUAUCGCAGGUGAGUCCCAGCAGAGGGGUACCAAGCCCCUAUGCCAUAAUAUAUCUUAUUUUAUUUAUCUUUAUUUUAUAUACUUUAUUGUUGCAGAACUUUGUUUCCGCGCUGCAGAAGCGCAUCCAGCUGAGCGGCACGGAAACGCCAUCGGAGCGGUCGAUCAAGAGCAGCUCGAACGAGCGGAACACCUUCAGGAGCGACCGCACCCACUUCACCACGAUCCACGAUCCGGACUCGGAGCUGUGCGACAAGAUCGAGAUCGUCCGUGACAUUGGAUAACAAACAAGCAAUAGCUACAUGUAACUAUACCCGUAAGGGGUUUACGGGCUGCGGUACUUCAAUGUGUGGAUGGACGGAUGGAUGGAUAUGGGUCGGGGGAGUUGGCUGGCUAUAGCUAUGGCCAGGAGAGGAAUCGGUAGGAUCGAGGACUCUAGAGAGUCCUGCGGACGAGUCACACAAGUACGGUUGCAUGUAGACUUUGUAAAUGUGGCACAAAGUGCCGGACAUUGAAAACAACAACAAACCAAAAAACGGAGGGAUAAACACUUUUGGAGGAUCAUCAAUGGAAGCUUUAAAUAUCAGAGGAUAUACGGAGUAGGAUUCGGGAGUAGGAGCUGAUUUUCCGCACUUCGGAGCACUUGCAUCGGAAACCAGCGGGAAAAGUAUUAGGACUAAGUUUAAUCGGAAUCGGAAGCGGAAUCGGAAUCGGAACCGUGCACAGCUAGAAACUAAGAUACACAAUUACCAAAUGAAGAUGGCAGGAGGCUUUCGUUCUCUUCACUUAUUCGAAUGUUACUAAAGCUAGAAACACUUACUAUGUAUUCAAAAUCCGUACUUAAGGCUACUCUAAGUUGGCAUCGGCGGGUGAUGAAUGAUUCACUGUGGAUCAUGGACACAUCGUAUUCCUGCAACUAAACACUAAACCUAACCAAGUACUAGUAGCGCUUCUCCCACUUCGAGUAUGAAUAUAGCCAGGCAGCGGUCAUUACUAAAUCAGUUCAUAUCUGUGUUAUAAUUAUACGAUUCAGGAGGAGGCCAGAGAGACGAGUACGAGUGGGUAAUUUCGUUCCAUUAACACUAUCAAGUAACUAGGCCUAAGGAUUACGUUGUGAACUCUCUCAAUCGCAGUUUCCCUUCAAGUUACAAUACAACACAAUACCUAUUAAGUACAAUAAAAAAGGGAAGGAAAAUAUGAGUUCAACCUAUACUCAAUUUAGUACGAUUGUCCGGUCUGGACAGCUGCAUUUAAAUGAUAAACCUGUACAGUUCGGAACCAUAGCCACUCUAGAGUUAGACCUAGUCUUAGCAAAUCGAUCAGCCAAAAAGCUAAGCCAUUACGUCAAUUGAAUGGCACGACAUGUCGAUAUACCUAUGUACGCAACUCACAAUCGCAGAAGGGGAAGGGAACUCAAGGUCCGACCAAGUCAAAAUUCAGCAUUUAACCUUACCCAAAAACGAUCCGCUCGAUCAGCCGUCUUAGCAUUAUCCGUAAUAUUAACGUUCAAAAGUAUAUAUACUACUAUAAGAUAUUAGAUCCAUGCAAACAGCGGUACAAACUCAAAUUAAUUCCAAAAAUUAAUUCACGCGAUAAAAGCUAGCCGAGACAUAUAAAUGAUAAGUGAUAUUAACAAUUUUAAACUGUCUAGUUAAGCAGCCCAGUUGUCCGAAAACAUAAAUCUGCGUCAAGAAAGAAUACAUUCUAAGAGGUCUUCCAUAGUUAUUUUCCAAAUUAUUUACCAAUGGUUUACAAAAACAGAAACUCUAAGAGUUUUAAAUCCCCAAUUUCUGAUUUCAAUGUUUUUUGUAACUGGACAUAAAAUUAAAAACUGACAGUAUAAAUUAAAGAAGUAAACUAAAAACAGAUUAGACAUUGCCAGGCAGAAAUUUCCAUAUGGAAUCGGUUGCUUUUCAAAUUACAUUACAAAAUAUAUAACUCAAGUUUCCUGUUAUUUUAGUUAGCACUUAGUUUUUAGGAAUUGCUGCCGUCCGCAAUUGUUGAUUUAAUACUAUCCAAAAAAAACUGUAAGAACUACAAAAAUCACGACUAUCUAUUAAUUAUUAUUACAUUCUGUUACCCAACAACUAUUUAACCUCCUAUAUCUUUUUCAAUAGGUUAUCAAUUUUGUUCCUCUUGCGGUUUUAAUGUUUAACAGCAAUGUCUGAUCAGAGGAUAAUGGCAGGAGGCAUAUAGUACAGUUAAGUUCGGCAAAUAAUAUAGGUUUUAUAAGACAAGGGUUCGACACACUUAAUUCAAUAUGAUAAAAAGAUAAUAAUUGAAAACUAAAGUAGUGGAAAUCGUAAGAGAGUUGCACAUAUGUAAACACUUAUAAAAAUUUAAAUAAAAAUUCAAAGAAUGCUAAGGCCAAAAACGAUUAUAAUCUGCAUAAGUCUAGCUUUCGAUAUUGCUUUGGUGGAAAAAGAUAUUGAGAAACCCGAAGUUCUUCAAAUUUCCAAUGCCAGAGUGAAAUCCAGGAUAAUAGAAAUCAUCUUGUAAUAACUAAUGAAAACAUAUUAAAUAAACGAUGCAGGCCA